AUGUCACAAUACGCUGCUGAAGUGAAGCAGAUCAUUAAGUCCCAAAAGUUCGUGCAAUUGACGGCGAAUUACUGCCCAGAUUGUGUGUACGCCAACAACAUCUGGCAAAAGUUCGGAGUAUUAAACAAGAUCCUACAGUUCGAAAUCGGAGGAUUUGACAGAGCCACCCAACAGAAGUAUAGAGAUGCUUUCGAACAAGUGACAGGAAGCAGGAACCUUCCUACUAUCUUCGUUGACGGAAAAGUUUGGGGCACAGAACAUGACCUGCACAAAUAUGAAAGAAAGGGCACCUUGCAAGCGGAAUUGAAGAAGAUUGGACUGAUUUGA